UUUCUUCUAGGCUUGCAACUGUAAUGAGUACUUGAAGCUGUCCAGAGAGGAUAUGACCCGCAUGAUGAAAGAGAGAGGUCUCCUUCAAGACAUCGUAUCUAAGCGGGACGACUGCAAGCCGCAGGACGAAACACAAGCUGAAUACAAUAGCUGGAGGCCCCCAGAGGGCCCCGAGUUCACCCCUCACUGCUGCUGGGCCCCACGUACCGCCCUGGACCCCCAGACCUUCAAAUUCCCCAGCGGGGCUGAAGUUCAGCUGGAGACCGUGCCCCCAGGCCUCCUGCCCCGGAUUCCAGUGUACUUCAUCUGCACCGGCUGUGGAAAGGUGUUCUGGGAGGGGACGCACUUUGACCGGGUGCUGUCGCAGUUCCAAGAGCUCUUGCACGUCAGUGAAGACGCAGCAUCAAAAGCUUGAGAUCGACAGGGAAACUCCAGGUUCUUUUUUCUUUUUUUUUCUCCAUGCAUCUGAUUUUUUUAAAUUCUUUUUUAUGGAGGUGUUUUUAUUUGCUACACUGUGUCAUAGCAACCUUUUGGAAGGUUUCAUUGUGUUUUGCACUGUAAACAAAAUUGUCCUGUGUACAUUUGUUUUCCACAAUGCAAUUAUAUACUUGAUGCUAUCCCUCCUGAAACCUGAAAAAAAUAACUUUUUAAUAACACUUUAUGAAAUGAUUAGUCAUAAAUUGUUAUUAAAAGCAGGAUUUAUAUUGGACUAACGCCAUAAGAUGACACGCGUCUUUCAUUUUCAUUUUUGCACAACAUCUUGUUUAGAC